AUGGAAAGCCUUGAACGCCUCCAGGGGCUUCACGCUGAUCUCGUCGCGUUCAGCGAGACGCGUUUCGCCAACAUCAAUCGCCUGUGGCAGGAGCUGGAAGGGAGCCUCCAAGAUUUCAGGCAGUUGCUGGACAAGUCGACUUCGGCAGCCAGCGAUCGCGACGCCUACAACAAUGGAAAACUUUGUGUGGCCGACCAGGAGUUUGCCAUCAACGACGAAUUCAAGCAUAUCAGCCGCGCCAUUGCAACGACCUUGGACCUGGACGAGAUCGGGGCUGGCCGGCUGGUCAUCCAGAGUCAGCAAGAUCUGACGCUGGCACAGGAUUCUCUGGUCAUGGAUGUGGUCAGCAAGUUCCACAACCGCAGAGAUCUGUUGCUUCAAUGCCUGCGAAUUACCCUGCAGUACUCGCUCACGUUGGAGUCCGAUAACGAGGUCAGAAGAGUCUUUGAGACCAUCAUUGGGAGUGUUCUGGAGAUUGACAAAGGUGUUCCUGGCAAUGGAUCUGUCUUCACAAGAAAGUGCCUGAGCACAUUGGAAGAGAUCGAGAGGUCCCAGGCCAAGAUUGCAGAUGCAUUGCAGAGCAAGGCGGUGCUUGGUGGGCCACGCGGUGCCGAGUUUUACGCUACUCUCGAGUUCCAGCGAGACAGUCUGUUCAAACAACAUGAGGCACUCGCUUGUGUUCUUGCGUACUUGUUUCAGGGUGACUUCGCGAACCAAGAAGAUCUCCGAAAGCUUCACGCUGUGCUCCCUCGCUGGAAAAGCAUCGACUUCAAUCUGAUCCACUAUCUUCCUGCCUUCUCUGCAGCAUUUCGCCAGUACGGAUCAUCUGGAAGUCAUAUAUCUGAAGAAAGCACGGCGUCUCUCAAUGCUUUGUUCGCGCCGCUGCCUCAAGAUGCUUCUUCAACCUCCAUCAGACCUCUACAAGCCGUACUAAGCCUGUGGUGGACCGCAGAGUACAGUGGCCAGUUCCGGGACUUGAUCGAUCAGGAUCCGGGCGCGGGAAGACGAGCGGACGCGGUAAAGGCGGCAUUGAAAGAGGAUGCAUUGGAAUUCAUGCUCGGCAUUUGCACAAGCACCAAUUUGGACGUUUGGCGGCACCCAGCCAGGCAAGAACUUGUUACCCUGCUUCUCAGCGACACGAAUCGAUUUGCUCUCAAUGAGGCUGAGCAAACGUCCUCGUAUUUCCGCUUACUAUUCAUGGAAUGCCUAGAGAACUUCAUAGAGGCUUUCAUUUCUAACAUGCCCGAUUCGAUCCGGAAACUGAGGACGGAAGAAGACGAUCAGAGACUGAACCUAUUGACAGCGUUGCAAGAGGGUCUGCCGACCACCCAUCAAGGCAGCACCCCUAGCAAACUCCAUCUCGAGUGUUUCCUCAUUCUCAUCUCGUUUUCCUUCGAGGGGAGACCUGAGGCCGCAGAGCUGUGGUGGGAAGAUCCGGACAGCAACCUCUACGGCUUUCUGCAGUGGGCCUCGCGCCGGCAGACCGUGCCACGUGUGAGCGCCUUUUGCGAACUUCUGUGUUCUAUAUCUGAAGGUCGAGACUGUGCAGAGGCGGCUCACAAGUUCUUAUUGGAUGAUUCGUUGCAGGCUACGACCAGAGGCCGGCGUAUCCCGUCUAUGAACUAUCAACAAAUCUUUGCCGAGCUUGAACUGUACUCACAGAAGGUCCAUGAACGACCUGCUACGUCACAGUUACCGCACAUACCGAAAGUCCUUCCCACCGACAUGAACGAGCUGGAAAGUCCAGUCAUGCUCUCGUGUUAUCUCCGCUUACUGGCGCACCUCAGCCGCCAACCGAGCGGCACCCGUCAGCAUAUCCUCGAAACGGUCACUCCGGCAUUCCCCCAAGCUCUGUUACGUCUCAGCUCAGGACCUGUCCCGAGUUAUUUGAGGGCAAGCGUUUUCUCGACUUUGGACGCGCUGUUGACGGACAAGAGUGCGCAAACCGCUGCGAUAAUGUGGCAGAUUCUCGACAGUUGGGCGGCGAACAGCCACGACAGAACACGCCCAGCGGCUGCCACCACAGCAUCACCACCCAAGCCGACCCUAAUCAAUUUGCAGAACACGCUCAGCUCCAUUGCAUCCUCUUUUGAUCAGUAUGACGCAUGCGUCGCCUUCCUUCGCGACUUGAUCGUCACUGUACCGUCUACGGGCCUGGGUCCUGAUCUGCUUCCAUUCCCCAAAGAUCUGGGUUCGGACUAUAGACGCCCAGGGAUUGGCCCCUACAUUGAUUUUGUUUGUGGCCAAGUCUUUGCAAAGCGCAUCCCCGAAGUUGCGGUUGAGCUGCAGCGAUUGAUUGGGUCGUUCCAUUGUCUUGAAUUCAUGGCCAUUGGACUUGAAGGGGUCAAUGAAGAUUAUGUGGCAAUGCUCGACCGCGCCACUUCCAGCCAUGAUGCAUUGCCGGAGGUGCCCGACGCACUCUCGUAUGCUCAGCGCAGUCCAUUUGCCAGGCUCAUGCAGUGGCUCCUCAGCAAUGAUGUGCAUAAACUGUUGCUGGAAUGCUUGCGAGUGUCCGGCGAAUCUGCGGAUGCUGCGCUCCCAGACUCGCCCUUGCUGCUCAGUUUGCAACGGUCAAUCGACAUCAUCAACCGGAUGCUCGAUCUCCAGCCCACUUAUUUCGACAUAGUGAGGCCUUUGGUUCAAUCCCAAAUGCCGCAGGAUGGGCCGCCCACCCGCUCGAACAUUGAUGCUCUGGAAGAGGCUCUCGCUGCACACCCCGAGAUUGUGCUUAACCUUUGCCAAUUCGCCGCCACCGGGCACUCUGAGCUGUCCAUUCGGGCACUUGCGUUGCUCCAGAAGCUUUCGAGCUCACCGAAACUCAACAAUCAUUUUCUGACGACGGAGGAUGUCCGUGGUCGAACAAGAAGAGUUGUCGAUAUGCUGGGUCCCGAUCCGGGCUUCGAGCUUCAACCUGUCGCCAGGAACCUGUAUGCUCGUUUACAAUUUGAUGUCCGCGAGCUCGAGCAAGGAUUUGAGUCGGUCAGCUACCUUUUGAAAGAUGGUAUCCUUGCUUUCUUCAACGCUUGCCUUGAAACGCAGCCUGACCUGCCAAAUAUUGCUCACCUCCUGAUAGGCUUCAAUCGACUGGGCGAGCGUCUGACUAUCUCAGACUCGUUGGAUGCGGGAGUGUCAGUCUUCAACUCAAUUGCCAAUCUCGUCCAAGACUAUCCAGAUGACGAGGACGGUAUAAUGGCUUCGUGGUUGAUACACAUGAAAGCGGCGGCCUUCCGAGUCUUGAGACAUCUGUGGUCGUCCUCACUGUCGAGCAGUGUUGUUGUUGGUCAAUUGCGGAGGCUUCAAUUCUUACAAUCGUUAUGUUUGAGCCAGCCUAUCGUCACGCAGCAGACACUGUGGGACGCCAAUAGUCUUCUGCAACAGACCUUCUGGUACACGACCUCAGCCGAAGCCCUGGCUGAAUUUCUUGCUUCUCGAGGCUCUCUGUACAAUUACAUUGUCACCGAGAUAAGAGCAGCCUCAAAGGAGGGUCUCUCGACGAAUCUGCGACAUAUUCUAUCGACUCUUCAGGGCAAGACCAGCGACGUGGAUGGCACAGUCAUCAUCAAUCCGGACAUAUUCGCGCUCCUUGAUUUUCUCGACCUCGAUCUCUCGGCCAAUUUUGAGGUCGAACCUCAAUACUAUGUGGGCAUCGAUUUCAAGGUCUACCUGGCCGAGGCCACGGAAAGUCAGCCAAGUGUCUACGACGUCAAGAUGAUUCGCGAGUAUCUCAAUGCCUAUCGGGUCUCGUUUAUGCAGAAGCAGGCAUCGGCAACAAGCAGCCACAAAAUCGACGAGCAGGAGCUGAUUGAUGAAGCCGAUUAUUUGAUUGCCACCAUUGAAGCUCGAAACCGGUCUGAAGUCGUGCUCAAGGCGAGGAGCGACGCCUUGCACGAAUAUGCGGAGAUGGUCAUAGCUGUCGUUGAAUGCUGCCCUAUGGAGGCGACGAUGAAGGUACAGUUCAUCCUGCACAUGAUCCAGAUCAUGCUCCCCAAACUCGAUGUUUUCAUCGCGGACGAGAGAGCCGACAUGAUCGAACUAGCCCGAGCAUCUGAUGCGUUGCUUUUUGCGCUCUCUCACACGGCCUUGACGAACAGGCAUCUGGAUAAUCUCGUCACAGAGAAGUUGUUCCCACUUUUUCGUGCCUCGAUCGAAGGCAUCGCGGCCUCCAACUCACGGACGGCCCUGAGGACAAUUUUCUACAGCAUCUGUUCGCAAUACCUUACCCGCCUCACAACGUCGACUGCCCCAUCAGAAGUGGUCGUCAAAGCCCGACACAACAGCAUGGGCUGCAUUCGAUCGGCGAGCCAGCGUCUUGUGCAGCUCAUGUGCGAUGACGCCGAGGACGGAGUCGACGAGUGCCGAUUCAACGCUCUUGGCCUUCUCGCUUUGCUCACAUCUCUGGCCAGGAUGGAGAAAUCCAACUUGAUCCUCGAUUCCCUUGUCAAGGCCAACAUGCUGGAAAUCAUGAUUGAUCCUCUGAAGCAUGUCGCGCUGGAGUUUCAAGACUCAGAACCGGGUUAUCGGAGCUCCCUCCUCUUAACUUUCGAAGCGCGCAUGCUCCUCCUCCUCCAGAUCUCAAGGACUCGUGACGGCGCAGGAGCGCUCCUUGACGCUGGAAUUGUACAAGCUGCUCGGGACUCUCAGCUAUUCCGAGCAGAUCCGGAUCUAGGCAUCGCACUGCCACCCUCCAGCGACAACAACAACUCGCCUUAUGUCCCUGACUCCGCCACUUCCGCAUUACACACAUACUACGUCCUGCUCGCUUCCACUCUUCGAGUCCUUCUAUCAACCUUUCUUUCUCGCGGUGCACAAAACGAGCAAAUUCACUACCGCGCCCGGACAUUUCUGGUCGAUUACAGAGCCAACAUGGUGGGCGUGUUCAAGAAGAUUGCAGGUGUGAAUGGCAAAGUCGACGAGAAAAUCCGACCUCUUAUUGCGGAGAGCGUGAGGUGUUAUAUCGGGUUGAUUACUUUGUCCGGAUUUGUAGAGUUCGAGGACCAGGGGGCAUUGGAAGACACCAGAUCGAACGGCUUUUCAUGA